AUGAGCCCCACGCCGGACGCGCCCGUGUCCACCGCCAGCGAGGGCGUCGCCAGCGCGAGCUCGGUGCGCGCGGAGUCGAGCGCGACGGACGCUGAGAUCGCGUGGCUGCGGCGCUGCCUGCCCAUCUUCGUGCAGCCGGACGUGGACAUCAAGAACCGCAACGACCUGGUCAAGAUCUUCUUCCGCUUCGAGCGCGACGACCAGUCGGGCCACCUGCUGUGCAAGCUCUGCAUCGUGUUCGCGGGCGAGUCCAGCUACAACCGCGUGCAGGAGGAGAUCGAGAACUCGCUGGCCACGCUGUGCUACCGCACCUUUAACCGGCGGACGUACAAGCGCACGGCCGACAUCAACUACAUGGAGUUCCGGAAUGUUGACCUGGACCCGAAGGCGGCAGUGCCCUGGGCCACCAUCUACUCGCAGGACCACGGAGGCAAGCAGCAGUGGGCGCAGGGCGAGAAGAAGAACCUCGGCAACUGGUUCUCACUCAUGCACCACUACCACGCCGAGGUCGCGUACGCGGACUGGAAGCUGCACCCGCAGACGCACCGACCGUACAUUUACCUCAACACGUGCAACCACAUGAUCGGCGAGAAGGACAACAACCCGAAGCUCAGCAAGUUCAACUGGAUUGACUACCCGUUCCAGCAAGGCGACGGAGACGAUGCCUUCCGCUACGUCGUGGGCCACGUGCCUACCAAGUGCAACCUCUACUCGUACUUCUGCUUCUGGCGCGCACGCAACGGUGGCGGGUGGUGCGACCGCCACCCUGGAGGCAAGUCGGUCUCUCGAGACGGCAAGUCCAUCUACGUGAAGUAUCCAUCCACCACCAUGACAGGCGUGUAG